AUAUCAGCAUUUUCCGUUGCCCCAAUACGGUCUUGCUAUCUUUGGAAAAAGUGAAUAAGGACAAUAUGUGAAAAUUGCAAUAAAAUGACGAAAAUAAAGAAUCUGCUGAGUUUUGUGACCCAGUCACGGGCCAUAUCGCACACCAAUCCCAGGGAACAAAUACUUAACUGCCUGACCUACGGGCUUCUGGUGAUUGUGGCCCUCUGCGCGGGUUUCCUGCUGUGGGAUCUCUCAAGCAGCCCGCGAGAUGGAUUCUUCCACGGGAAAAGGGACUCGCAGACGCUGAUCCUCGACCUGGAGCACAUCCAGGAGGUCGCCGUAAAUGCUGAGGCCGAACAGCGGGCGCGGAAUGUCAACUGCACCUUCUGGGACUGCCUGAACAUCUACAAAUGCGAGCACGACCGCCUUAAGGUCUACAUCUAUCCGCUGCAGGAGUUUGUUGACGAACAGAGCUACAAAACGGCCACCACCCUGUCCAGCGAGUACUUCCAGAUACUGGAGGCGGUGCUCAAGAGUCGCUACUACACCUCCAAUCCGAACGAGGCGUGCCUCUUUCUGCCCAGCUUGGAUCUGCUGAACCAGAAUGUCUUUGACAAGCACUUGGCGGGCGCUGCCUUGGCUUCCUUAGACUUCUGGGAUCGUGGAGCCAACCACAUCAUCUUUAACAUGCUGCCCGGCGGAGCUCCAUCCUAUAACCCUGUGCUGGACGUAAAUACGGAUAAUGCCAUCAUUUUUGGCGGUGGCUUUGACUCUUGGUCUUAUCGGCCGGGCUUUGAUGUCGCCAUUCCUGUGUGGAGUCCACGCUUGGUGCGACAACAUGCACAUGCGACGGCCCAGAGGAAGUUUCUAUUGGUAGUAGCCCAGCUGAACAUACUUCCGCGCUUUCUAAGGACUCUGAGGGAAAUAUCUCUGGCCAACAGCGAGCAGUUGCUUCUUUUGGGAGCCUGCGAGAGCUUGGAUCUCAAAAUGCGCUGCCCUUUGUCGCAGCACCACAAAUCGCUGGAGUAUCCUCGGCUGCUGUCUCGCGGUAAAUUUUGCCUGCUAGGUCGCAGUCUUCGCAUGGGUCAACCCGAUCUGGUGGAGAUUAUGUCUCAGCACUGUAUUCCCGUUAUUGCCGUGGACAACUAUGUGCUACCCUUUGAAGAUGUGAUUGAUUGGUCUCUGGCCUCCGUUCGUAUACGCGAAAACGAACUGCAUUCCGUAAUGCAAAAGCUAAAAGCAAUAUCGAGUGUUAAGAUAGUUGAAAUGCAGAAGCAAGUGCAGUGGUUGUUUUCCAAGUACUUCAAGGAUCUGAAAACUGUGACACUAACUGCUCUUGAGGUGCUGGAGAGUCGGAUCUUUCCUCUACGAGCCCGAAGCAGUCGCCAGUGGAAUACCAUUGACACCAACGCCCGUUCCACUUUCAAUCCCCUUUUCCUUCCCUCGCUGGCACCAAAGUCACAGGGCUUCACCGCCGUCAUCCUUACCUACGAUCGCGUGGAGAGUCUCUUCCUGCUGAUUCAGAAGCUUGCUGUGGUGCCAUCAUUGCAAAGCAUUUUGGUGAUUUGGAAUAAUCAGAAAAAGUCUCCUCCACACCUAUCCACCUUUCCAUCUAUAUCGAAGCCCUUGAAAAUUCGGCAAACCAAAGAGAACAAGCUAUCCAAUCGUUUUUAUCCAUAUCCCGAAAUCGAAACGGAAGCUAUUUUAACCAUAGACGACGACAUCAUAAUGCUGACCACUGAUGAGUUGGAUUUUGGAUAUGAAGUUUGGCGAGAGUUUCCCGAUCACAUUGUGGGCUUUCCCAGUCGAAUUCAUGUUUGGGAAAAUGUUACAAUGCGCUGGCACUACGAAUCGGAGUGGACGAAUCAGAUAUCAAUGGUUCUGACAGGUGCUGCUUUCCAUCACAAAUACUGGAGUCACAUGUACACACAUGCCAUGCCAGGGGAUAUUAAGGAUUGGGUGGAUGAGCACAUGAACUGCGAAGACAUUGCCAUGAACUUUUUGGUGGCCAACAUCACCAACAAUCCUCCCAUCAAGGUUACCCCUCGAAAGAAGUUUAAGUGCCCGGAGUGCACCAAUACGGAAAUGCUUUCCGCCGAUCUGAAUCACAUGCGGGAACGUUCGGCUUGCAUUGAUCGCUUCUCCAAAAUCUACGGCCGCAUGCCACUCCGUACGGUGGAGUUCAGAGCGGACCCUGUGUUGUUCAGGGACAAUUUCCCGGACAAGUUGAAGCGCUACAAUGACAUUGGCAGCUUAUAAGGAUCCUAAACGUUGAGUAGAACAUUCCAGAGGAACCUAUGCAGAUAUACCAAAGACUUGUGGGGAUAGCGCUCAACUCUAAUGGAAAUCUAAUGUUGGAGUGGAUUAUAGCAUAGCAAUACCAGAGGCCAAAUUAUCUGGAUCUCGCUUAGAAUAUUAAUUUUGUCAUUUAGAUGUGAUGGAGAUAACUAAUGGAGGCAGGUCCGGUUUUAUUUUUGACUUCUCAUUGGUACUCAUUAAUCCAUGUGAAUAGUUUCCAUAUACUUUAGAACAAUUAAUUGAUUUACCGUCCGUUCUUUGGACUUAUUAUUAGUUAUUAUUAUAGUUAUAGGUCGUCUUGUUGGCAGCUUAAAUGUAGACUUAAUUUUGAUUUUAAAUCAAUAAUUUCAAAAACUGAAACUGGCCU